AUGGAACCUCCUACUCCCAUUUCAUUUAGAUUUAACGACCUUCCGACUGAGCUCGCCCUCAUCAUCUUCAAGCAUGCGGCACAACCACCUUUUGCUCAAUAUGCGCCUUUCACCCGAGACCCAUACUCAUCCGCCCUUUCAAUAUGCCAGGUCUCCAAAAUUGUCAGGCGCGCUGCGCUGCCUGAACUUCUGCACACAGUAUUAUUGUCGACACCUCCCGACCUACUCGCUUUCGUACGGGCUCUGCGUAUGCAGAAAACAUAUAUUGAUCAACGACAUGAUCUAGCUUUUGAUUACGCAUCUUGCGUGCACAGGAUGUCAAUCGGACACUUUCGGGGGCCUUUGCAAAGCACACCUCAUUCCUACUUUCCCCUUCCUAUGUCCGAGCUUGAAGGCGAGCUCGAUAUCAGUCUGCUUGCUCCAGUCAUUCUCGGUGCAUCGUCCCUCGCAAUCAGUUAUAACCAUCUGAAUCUUCUUUCAAAAUCCCUCAAACACGCGUGUAACUCCGAUGUCGACUUGAAUGUCGACCACAAAAAUUCUUUGCUUCCUUGGAGCAUGAGAAGUUUGACGUUAUUGGGUAGGUUCUCUCAUCCAUGGUGGCCCUUCGUGGGGUCUGUCCAUGGAUAUGCUUUCCUGACUUCCAUCCAACACCUCACCCUACUCUUUUCCACAUCCUUCCGAAAAUGCCCGCCCUUCCAGUGCAACUGUGUUAGCGAACUUGAAUUUGAAGAUUCUAUGUCCUACAUGCAUCCUUUGUGCAUCGCGCGCGCUCCUUUCAAAGGACUGCAAACACUCUCGUUGGCCAUUCCGCACAUCAAUCUCCCGCUGGUCGCUCAAUGUGUACCCAAGGAUAUAUGGGUGAAGUUGGUCACGUUCCCUGCUUCCGUGCUACCGGAGCCUUGUACACCAGAGGAAAUAGAGCGGUUUAUUAAGACUGGAGCAAAGUUUAUUCCAUAUAUUCCAUUUCAAAUUCCUUCACGGUCACGGUUGUUCCUUUCCCGCUGGUUGAGACAUUUUUGAAUCCUCACUGGCACGGGUGUCAGACAGACAUACACAAUGGGUUGUAUUACGGUACAUAAUUUGAGCAUAGUUGAAACUUUUACGACGAUAGUACUUGCUCCGCAGUUAUUCCUUGUCUUGCCAGCAACACGAAGGCUGAUCACGGUGAAAUUGGCGGUCCA